AUGGCAGCGCACCUCACAGGCUCCAUGCAGCAGAACGGCAGAAACAGGCAGCUCAAGCUCCCCACUCGCCGACCGUGCAAGACCGGCGCCAAGGCAGGGCCCGAGGAGCCCAAGUCCAACGACAUGCAUAUCGAUGUCGAGAGCUCCCAAGACGAGAUACCCACAGCCAUUCCGCCCGCCAUGGCCGACCAACAGCUGACCUACCAUCCUCGAGAUGCUCUCGCGAACACGGGCAGCGCGAUGCUGCAAUCCACCGCCAUUGGUGCCGUCAUCGCUGGUGUGCAGAACACCCUGCGCAAGCAGAACGUUGGUGCCAUGGGUGUCAUUACCAAGUCGGGAGGCAUAAUUGCUCUCUUUGCCGCUGCUGGAGGCGCAUACCAAUUCACACUCGACGCGACCGCCAACCUGCAACAAAAGGACGACUGCUGGAACGAGGCAUAUGCCGGUUUUGCCGCUGGCGCCACUGUUGGCAUCUACAAACGCAGCCUGCCAUUCAUGCUCGGUGCUGGUACCGCCUUCAGCGUCGCCAUGACAGCUUUCAGAUACACCGCUGGUCUGCGCGGAACUGCGUCUGGCGAGCUGGACGACGAGGAGAUUGAGCGAAGGGAGGCCGUGAAGAAGAUGCGUCGACGUCCGUUGUCAGAGACACUCGAGCAAUUGGGCGAGGGCCGUGGUAUCUACGGCCCCGGAUACGAAGAGAGGAGGCGACAGAGGCUGAUGGACAAGUACGGAAUCGAUGUAAAGGCUGCGCAGGCCUAG